GUUUAUUUUUAAGUACAAGUAAAGAAAGAAAAAAAAAUUAUUCGUACAAGUAUAAAAUUAAUUAAGUGAUAAGAGUGAGGAGAUGUCGCUUUGUAAAACAAGAUUACAAGAAGAAAGAAAACAAUGGAGAAAAGAUCAUCCGUUUGGAUUCUUUGCUAAACCUGUAAAGGAUACUGAUGGAUCACUUAAUUUAAAAGUAUGGAAUGCAGGUAUACCAGGAAAAUCAACAACAAUAUGGCAAGAUGCAGUAUAUCCUGUAACUAUAAACUUCCCUGAUGAAUAUCCUUCAAAACCUCCUAAAGUAAAAUUCCCGGCUGGAUUUUAUCAUCCAAAUGUUUAUCCAAGUGGAACAAUUUGUCUUUCAAUUUUAAAUGAAGAACAAGAUUGGAGACCCGCUAUAACUUUAAAACAAAUUGUUUUAGGAGUUCAAGAAUUAUUAGAUUCACCAAAUCCUGAAUCUCCCGCACAAGAACCUGCAUGGAAAGCAUUUAGUAAAGAUAGAUCACUUUAUGAAAAGAAAGUUAAAGAACAAGCUAAGAAGUAUGCUAGUGCUGAUCAUAAUUAAAUGGGGACAAUGGAUAGGCUAAACUAAGCUAAACUAAAUUAAGCUAAGCUAAGCUAAGGCUAAUCAACGGAAAUGAUUUAGUGGCUGGCAGCUGAGUCAAUUAUUGAUUUUCGAUAAACUAUUGAUUAUAGAAUAAGAAUAAUAUUCUAAUUAUAUAUAUAUAUAUAUGCCUCUGUUAGAUGGAUGUAUAUAUGUAUGUUGUGUAAUAUAUAACAGAGCUAUAAAGCUUUGGUAAAUGAGAUCUUUUUUUUAUAUAUGUUAAUGACUAACUAAAUAAGUAAAUACAUAUUUGUAUAUAUAUAUAUAUAUAUAUAUAUGGAUAGGCUAAACUAAGCUAAA